AUUUGUUUCCAAACAGCAAAGUCAGUCUCUAGAAGCCGCGAGAAGAAAACAAUCACCUGUAGGGCUUAAUCGUGGUCGUCGGGAAAAGUCGCCUCCAGAUUUUGAGAGAUUUUUGGGUGUGGUAUGUUUGUGAGUGAAAAUGGUGGCAGAAGCUAAGGUCAUGUGCCAGCAGAACGUUGAGGUGUUUGGUAGAGGGAUGAAGGUUGAUGAGGUUGUUGAAGAUGUUGUAGUAGUUGCUUCCAUUUCUUCUCCCAAGAGUUUAUAUGACCGGAGUUGCCCUCUGGAACCGGUCUCCCCUGCUGCCCAACCUGAUGUGAAACCAGCAGAUAAAGUUUCAGACUUGGCUCUUCAGACAGCUGACCUGGAAUUCUUUCCCAGGCUCCGUUCUGGUAGCUUCGCUGACGUUGGACCCCGUAGAUACAUGGAAGAUGAACAUAUACUGAUAGACGAUCUAUCUUCACAUUUGGGAUCACUAUUUAGUUUUCCCACCCCAAGUGCAUUUUACGGGGUAUUUGAUGGACAUGGAGGACCUGAGGCUGCAGCUUAUGUUCGGAAAAAUGUAAUGAAACUCUUAUUCGACGAUGUCCAUUUCCCCCGAGCUUCUGAAGUUAAUAAGAUUUUCUUAGAGGAGCUCAAGAACUCUCUAAGUAAAGCAUUUCAUCAGGUAGAUCUUGCUUUGGCAGACGAUUGCAGUAUAAGCAGUUCUUCUGGGACAACAGCACUAACUGCUAUGAUCUUUGGAAGGCUUUUGAUGGUAGCCAAUGCCGGUGAUUGUCGAGCCAUACUCUGCAGGAAGGGAGAGGCAAUAGAUAUGUCCCGAGACCAUAGGCCAAUUUAUCCCUCUGAACGCAAGAGAGUUGAAGCAUUGGGGGGAUAUGUAGAUGAUGGGUAUCUAAAUGGUGUCUUAUCAGUUUCCCGAGCCUUAGGUGACUGGGACAUGAAAUUUCCUCGUGGUUCUGCUUCACCACUUAUUGCCGAACCAGAGUUCCAAAGGAUGGACUUAACAGAGGAAGAUGAGUUUCUCAUUAUAGGGUGUGAUGGGAUCUGGGAUGUGAUGUCUAGUCAGCAUGCAGUUAGGCUUGUUCGCCGUGGGCUGAGGGGGCAUGAUGACCCCGAGCAGUGUGCCAAGGAUCUUGUCAUGGAGGCUCUUCGCCUCAAUACGUUUGAUAAUCUUACUGUUAUUGUUGUGUGCUUCUCUUCUCUUGAUCACAAGGAGCUACUAUCACCACCCCGGGAGCGAAGAUAUAGGCGCUGCAGCCUCUCUGCCGAAGCCCUCUGUAGCCUGAGGAACUUGUUGGAUGGCAGUGGUUGAUCCCCAGUGAUUUCUCUAAUCAACCUCUUCUUGGCAAGAGGGUGUUCAUACAUUGUUUUGGCUGCUGCAUUUAUGAGAUUGCAGCCAUCAGUUUUGUUGGUGUUUUAGUUUCUGAUAUUCGCCUUGAAGUGAGCUUGGCUCCGGGUUGAUGUACAUAGACAUAAGAAAGGGGAGGCUGAUGGUGUUGUGUUGUAAAAGCUACGUUGAGGCAUUCUUUUGGAUGGCAUUCCAGAGACACUGUCCAUCCCUAUGUAAAUUAUUAUCUUCCACUCAUGCAUUUGCAUCUAUGUAAAUUAUCUGAGAUUUUCCCUUUCUUUCCCAA